AGUCAAUUUGCUGCUGGCGUUAGAUGAGGAUCGGGUUAAUAUUAGUAUAAUAAAGUAGUGCAUAUUUCAAUUAAUAUAAUUGUUCUCUCUAGUUUUGAUGUGAGUUUUUUAAGCAUUUUUUUUCGGUAUUAUUUGAAAGUUUAUGAGCGCUUAUAAUUGUGUGCUUCAACAGGCACUAAAUAACGGACCAAGGACCGAAAUAUCGACAAAUAAAACGAAUUAAAAACAAGUAUAAAAUUAGAGCAAAAUUUAUUAAGCUUUGAAAGUGAAUUUUCAAUAACGUUUUUCUCUCAACAUUGUGUAAAAUGUGUCACACAGAAACUUCAUUUUUUACUUGAAACUAAAUGCAGUGUUUUAUUGUUAUUUUUAUAGAACACUGUACACACUAUCAGGCACUAUUAAUUUUACAAAAAGUUGUACAUGUUUUUAAUUUGAAUCGACUAUAUUUUUUCUCAAAAUUAAACUGUGUUUAGAUUUUUACUGAGUUGAUAUUUUCAACUUGAUACAUUAUCCCCAUUAUCCUUUAUGCAUACGUUAUUAAACAUGACACAUUGAAGUAUUUAAAUUUCAUCACGUUCUCUGAAAAAUAGCACAAAAAUAUUACCAAGAGUUUCGAUUUGUUUUCUUUUCUGAUCUUAACCCUCUAACGGUGUUUUCUUUAAUAUGCAAAAAAAAGUUCUAAAACAAUGUUUUCUAGGAUAAUUAUGAUCCAAUAAAGUCGAAAAAACCAUCCAUUCUUCAUUAUCUCUUUUAGUUUAGACGCUAGGUGAGAAAAUAUAAAAAAAUUUUGAAACUCUUUUUGCUUCUAAAAUUCACACUUUUAGUUUUUUCAAUUUUUUUAAAUAAAAUGUACAAAGUAGAAUGACAUAUCUUUCAGUAAAAAAUAAAUUUAUUUUAGUCAGAUAACUUUAAAUCGGUAUUUUUAUGGAAACUGGAAAUUAGUUUCUUUUGCACAAAUAUUUUUUGUUGCUUUUUCUCUGUCCUGUCACACAAAACUGGGAAUAGCAACAAAACGAAGACUCAAAAUGAGUUCAAACUUUCAAAAGAUAUUUAUAAGACUAUUACCGAGGACACUAUAGCACUUUUAAAUAAAUAAAACCUUAAUUGUCGCUGUAAAUGUGAUUUUUGUGAAGACCGCCUGGAGGCGGUCUUACCCGUUAGAGGGUUGAUUUAAAAAUACUUUAAGCUGAACUUAAGCAUUUUAAUAAAUUUGAGUGUAGGGUUUUUUUCUAAGUUAAUUUGAUAUUUGCUUUUUCAAUAAUUAUAAGUAAUAUCACUUAGAGUUGUGAACAAUAAAUAAAUAAAACUGGGUAAUUUACAGAGAAUAUAUUUUUAAAUUAAACUAUUAAAUUUUUUAUCUAGAUAUUUUCUGCAUAUUUUACAGAAUUAUCCCUACUUGUAAGCUAAAUGAUUCUGCACUGAUUUGAUUUGCAAUUGAACCCUAAAAUUUUCACUAUGGAGAAUUUCAUUAUUUUUUUUUCUAAUUUCCAAUUCAAGUGAAAUUCUGUUCGAUAGAGUGGAAAAAAAGCUUUUCAUGCCUCAUGGGGAUAAAUAUUACAAGAGGAUCACAAAAUGCUUUUAUAUGUCACCAUUGAAUAAUUAAGCAUAUUUUUGGUCCAACAAUAUUUCCUCUAUUACUCAUUCAGGGCAUGAAUUGUAUUUUUUUCUUGUUCACAUAUUCUGUUUGGAAUUGAGGAUAAAUUUUCAUUGAAAAUCUCACAUUUUGAUUUGAAUUCAAACAUCAAUAUUCUCAUAUGGUAUUCAAUUAAUGAACAAUAUAAAAUCAGUGAUAUUUAUUGACUCACCAAAGAGCAUUCCAAACUCAUUAAACUUAUCAGAAACACUCACAAAUUGAAAUAAAAAUUUCAAGUGAUGCCACCAAUUUUGAUUUAAUUUUAUACCUAUUCUGAAAAUGAUAUUAAUCCUUGUUGUUGAUAUAUUUUUAAUGAAUAGUAAUUAAUUCACUGUCACACAAAUACGAAUCCACAACUGUACUUUACACUUUUAAUCAUGACUGUUGACGAUGCUGCAUUGGUUUAAAGAGGAAAAUAUGUGAAAACAAAUAUGUAUUCAGUAGAAUAUGAAUUGAAUCGGUAUAUAUCUUGGAUAAAGGAAAUAUAGGAUAAUUCCUUUAGGACGUUAUAUCCUAUAUUAUAGAGUAUCUUUAAACUCUGCAUGGAUGCUGUAGUCAUUUAUCAAGUGGUUUUGGUGCAGAUUGAUAGUGGAUUGAUGGAUGAAUGCACCCACAAGCAAUUUCCAUUACAAUCUUCUCAGAGAUAUGUGGACUUGAGAAAGAUGGUCGUCAGCUGCCUGAGAUGAAGAUGGCAAAUAAGAUUAUACUUCUCCUGCUGAGUCUCCUACUGAAACAUACAUCCGCCAUCCACCGUCAAUCCAAUAACAGCGAGAUUUCCGAUGUUUGGCCCACCGAAACUGAUACUGACACCGAUUUGGGGAAACGUGGGCGAAAUCCAGGAUGGUCCGCAUGGUCAGAGUGGUCAAUGUGCUCAAGAUCCUGCGAUGGUGGAGUGGCUCAACAGCUCAGACGAUGUCAUGCUUCUCAAGGAUGUCGAGGAGAUCCCAUUCGGUACAAAAUCUGCAACAUGCAGCCAUGUCCAGAAUCACAAGAUUUCCGAGCUCAUCAAUGUGCAGCUUACGACGAUGUCCCUUACGAUGGAUCCCUCUUCAAAUGGACACCACAUUACGACUACACCGAGCCUUGUGCUCUAACAUGCAGAGGUCAACCAGCUCACCUGCCUGAUGAAGCAAUACCUGGAAGUGUGGAAAAUGAAUCUGGGGUGGACGAUGAACCAAGCGUAAUUGUGCAACUAUCACCACGUGUUCAGGAUGGCACACGGUGUCGACCCGGAAGCUUGGAUAUGUGUAUCCAAGGGAAAUGUCAGCGUGUCGGCUGUGACCUGCGAAUUGGGUCAAACAAGAAGGUGGAUGCCUGUGGAGUCUGUGGUGGCGAUGGCAGCUCCUGCAAGCAACCUCUCUAUCACUGGGACACCACGGAAAUGUCUCUAUGCUCAGUUACAUGUGGGGGAGGGUACAAAAUGGCCAGACCCACGUGUCGGAAUCGCGUGACGGGAAUCGAAGUGGAUGAGUCCCAGUGCAGUUCAGCCACGCGACCAGAACCCGCCGUAAUUCACUGCAACACCCACCAAUGUCCCCCAAAGUGGGUGACAGACGAAUGGGGUAUUUGCAGUAAGACCUGUGGUGGUGGUGUUCGAGAUCGUUUGGUGAUUUGCGUGGAAGAAAGUCUGGGUGUUAAGAAUAAGGUUGCAGAUGAACAUUGUCGCAGUCCAAAGCCAAACACACAAGAGAUCUGCAAUAUGCACGACUGUCCCAAUUGGGUGGCAUCGGAUUGGUCUGGGUGUUCCGUGUCCUGUGGCAAAGGUAUUCAAGUGAGAAGCGUGGAGUGUAUGGAGACGAAUGGUGGAAUGAGCACCCAGUGUGAUCCAAAUGACAAACCCAUUGCCAUUCAGACCUGCACCACGGGUAUUUCAUGUUCCAAAGAACACUCAGAGGAUGGUGAGGAUGAAGAGGUGGAAGAUGAUAUGGAGGGCCAUCACGCAGAUGAACCCUACUACCUGGAACCGAGAACAGCAGCCCUCACCUCAAGACGUGACUCAUUCGCGUCCCACGAGAGUGAUUACCAGAGUGAGCCUCUAGCCAGUGAUCAACGUGCUCCCAGCGAAGCCACAUUUGUGAAGGACACUGAUUGGGGACCAUGCAGUGUUACUUGUGGCGAAGGAACGAGAAAAAAGCUCUACAGAUGCAAGAUCUAUUUGGAAUUUUCCAGGACAAUGGCCACACUCAAUGAUUCUCUGUGCUCUGGACCAAAGCCAGCAGAUCAAGUUGAGAGAUGCUACUUGGAGCCCUGUUCAACAUUUUAUGGCUAUGAUCAAUCGUAUUCACGAGAUUCAAAAGCUCAAGCUCCAGUUCCGGGAAAAACUUAUUCAUGGCGAGAACAGGGCUACUCACCCUGCAGUGCAACGUGUUUGGGAGGAGUAGAAGAGCUCAUCAUUAAUUGCGUACGAGAUGACACGGGAAAGGUGGCUUCGCCCUUUCUCUGUCCACAGGAUACAAAACCCGAGCCCAGAUCGCGUCCCUGCAAUGACCAUCAAUGUCCACCACGGUGGAAUUACUCAGAGUAUUCAGCUUGUUCAAAAUCCUGUGGGAUUGGGAUUAGAACGAGAGAAGUACAGUGCAUCCAUGAAGUGGCUCGUGGUCCAGAAAAUAUCAUGAUUGUACCAAACAAUAUGUGCCCUCAACCACCACCAAGUGAUCGACAGUAUUGCAAUGUGCUGGAUUGUCCAGUCCGAUGGGAGGUGUCCGAAUGGAGCAAGUGUUCCAAACCGUGUGGCGGUGGUGUUAAGGAGCGUCGGGUGGAAUGCAAACAGAUAAUGGCCCAGGAGCACAAGGUCGAGAGACCAGUAUCCAUGUGUCCCAGCGCCAAACCACCAGACAGGAAGCCCUGCAAUUCCAAAGCAUGCGCUCCCGAGGAUCAACGGCCACAGAUUGCCGUGAAUAACAGCACGUACAUCCAACACGAUGUUAAACGCCAAAAAGUCACCCUCAAAGUUGGAGGAGCUGCCACAGUCUUCUUCGGGACGCAGAUCAAGAUAAAGUGCCCAGUCAAAAGAUUCAAUCGUACGAGAAUACGAUGGAGCAAGGACAAUGUCUUUCUGACCAAAUCGAGAAAAUUCAAAAUUUCACAAAAGGGUGCUCUACGAAUAGUUCAUGUAUCAUAUCGAGACAGUGGCAUUUAUACAUGUCAUGCGAGUUUGAGUUCAGCAGACUUGAAGCUUACUGUAAAGCCCAAGCCAGGAGAUUUCCCUUCCCAGGAGGAAUAUGAGAAAUACAGAGAAGAUAUUGAAUUAAAAGCAUUAAGGACACAUGGCAAUCCAGAUACACAGCAAUCGACUUUUUUAGGCUCCUCCGAGGCACGAUCUCGAGAUCCGAAUUCUAAGGGGAAAUCACGUGAUCCACACAAAGGAGGAAAUAGGCACAAAUCCAGCUCCACCGGUGUCUUGGGGGAGGACCAUGAACACGAUGAGUCUGAGGAGCCUUUUAGAUCUCGCUCACAACUGACUGCUUCAGAUUACACCACAAAGUCUGCUACUAGCUCUGGUACAAGAACAAUUCCUUUGCCACACUUUCAGCAUCUCCUGGCCAGUCUUCAGAGCUUCAGUCACUCAAAAGGACAUGAUAUGCUCAUGAGGAAUGGUCAGUACUUUCCGGAAUUGGACAUGGAAUUGGAUAGACCACAACAACAAGCACUUAUUCAACCAAGUGCCAACUUUCGACAUCACUUGAAUGCCAUUGAGAAUGCUGGAGAUGAAGUUCUGAACGAUGAGCAGCCACAUCGACACAUCACAGCUGCUGAAUUCUUCGGUGACAUCACCAAUAGUUCUGAAGCCGUGGUACUCGGUCAGGGUUCACCGACAAAUUUGAAAUUCGAGUGGACAUUUUCGUCCUGGUCCGAUUGCUCUCAGUCAUGUGGUAAUGGAUUUGGGAUUAAGACCCGAACAGUUCAGUGUAUGGUGAUUCUGGGGAAUACUAGCCAGAAUGUGGAUAGUGCCCUAUGCGAAGAUGCCGGAUUGCGGAUGCCGGAAAGUGUGCAGAAGUGUGGCGCCAUCGACUGUCCAAAGUGGGUCGUUGGGGAGUGGAGUCCAUGCAAUGCCACAUCCAGCAAGUGCUUCAGCUGGCACACUGCCAUACAGAGGAGACGUGUCACAUGCGAAAUCAGUGGAAUCAAAACGUCUGCUAGUAAAUGCUCCUCCGCAGAGAGGCCAGUGUCGAAGCAGGAGUGCUACAGCGAAGAGUGUCGCGGAGUAUGGAAAGUUGAUCCGUGGUUAGAGUGUAAUGCCUUGUGCGGUGGACAGGGUCUGAGGUAUCGCAUCCUGAAAUGUGUCUGGCGAGGCACGAGACGACCUACAACUGGUGACGCGUGCAAGGACCAACCACGACCCAUGGUUAUGAAAAUUUGCCGGGCACCACCGUGCAUUAAAAACAAUCCAGAUUGUAAGGACAUUUCUAAGUACUGCACAAAUGCCAGAGGCAUGGGACUUUGUCGUCUUCAUCGAUUUCAACAGCAGUGCUGCAAGUCCUGCAGUUUUAAUAUCUUUCACUAAGGACUAACUCGAUAACAUAUUAAUUUGUCAUGUGACGACUAAAUUGGGUAUAGUGAAGAGGAAAACCUCAAAUCCACAAAGUAGGGAAGGGGCUUUUAGAUGAAAACAGAAAGGAGAAAGACAAGAAAUUGUCUUUAGUAAAUCCAGAUUAAAACAAAGGUCUGCCGUGGAAAUUUAUAAAAACCGUUUUGUUUUAUAGUACUAUGGGUUCUUAUAAAAAUUCUUUGAAGCUUCCAUGUUUUUUUUUUUCAAGUUAGUUCUGGUACUGAUAUAUUACAGAACUAUUCAAUCCUGCUUCACGUAUUAAUUUAUUUUACUAAUGUCUUUUUUUUAACUUGACAAAUGUCUCAAUUUAGAAAUUAAAAAAAAUGGAGAAAAAUUUGGAAACAUGGACUGAGAAACAGCUCUAAAUUUCAUAUGUACAUAUUUGAAUGCUGAAGCUGCAUUUGAUGGAACUUUCAGUGUGUCUGAUAUUCGAUGCAGUCCGAUUUUUAGCAAACUACCCUAUUUGAAAAUUUUUUAAACUUUUGAUCACGAAAAAAUAUGAAAUUCAAGGAGCCAGAUUUAGAAAAAGGGUUUUCAAAAUUAUUUCGAAAACAAAUUUCAAAAUUCCGAAUUUUUAAAGCAACCUGUAACAUUUCAGGUUAGGUAUUUAAAUUAGUCUGACAUUUCUGAAAAUAUCUUGACGUAAACAAAGGAUAUCAAGGAUAUCUUCUAGUAGAAGAUCCUCAAUUAAAAAAGAAA